AUGGUUUCCAACAAUCCGGUAUCAGAAAUGCCGAAGUCGAAAGCACCGAUCGGCCACCUUUAUUCACAACCACCUGCCCUAUUGCUUGCCAUCUACCCUCUAACUCUUAUUAUGGGCUCCAUUUACUCCCGGAUAUCACCGACCGCGAACCCUUCAAGCGCAGCCUCGAUAUCCUCACACUCUUCACAACCGGUCAAUUAUUUUGCCCGAAAGGGAAAUGUCUUCAACGUAUAUUUCGUUAAAAUCGGAUGGCUCUGGACGAGCCUAGCAUUCCUAUCACUACUUCUAACGCAGGAUGCAUUCACUAGUAAAAGGGUCUCUGCAGACUAUCGAAUGCGACGCGUCGGACAAGCUCUCCUCCGUUAUUCUCUAGUUACUUUUUCCUGGAUCUUGACUACACAAUGGUGCUUUGGGGCCCCCAUAAUCGAUCGCGGGUUUCUUGCCACCGGUGGGAAAUGCGAAAUAACCCAACAAGUGUUUGAUGAUCGUUCGCAAGCCGAGUUACCUCCGACUGUAGUCCUGACCUCGGUGUUGUGCAAGGCUUCAGGGGGUACCUGGAAAGGUGGUCACGAUGUGAGCGGACACGCGUUUAUGCUGGUUUUAGCAAGUGCAUUUUUGAUAUUUGAGAUGCUGGGCUCAAGGUCUUCGGCCAUUAUUAGCAACAGUAAUGAUUGUGAUGCUAGAGAGCCAGCUCAAAGGACCACAGACAAACGAGUUACCAAUGGUGGACCCAAUGAUAUCAAACAGCUUCUUGCGGAGCUCUCUAGGAAAUUCGUUUGGACGAUUGUGGGCCUAUCCUUGUGGAUGUUACUCAUGACAGGGAUUUGGUUUCAUACAUGGCUUGAAAAGAUGUCGGGUUUGGUCCUUGCUCUCGCUACGGUAUAUUUGGUGCAUAUACUGCCUCGUUCCCUACCAGCGUGGCGUGGGUUUAUUGGCAUCCCUGGAGUUUAA